AUGGGUCUCGAUGUCGCUUCGUCCAGUUUCUGGUACAUGGUGCUCUGCGCCGGGGUAGCAGGGGUGUCAGGUCUGAUGUUCGGAUAUGACAGUGGUAUCAUCACGGACACCAUUGCGCAAACCCAAUUUCUGAAUUACUUCAACAACCCCACUUCAUCCAUCAUCGGGACAAUCGUGGCCAUGUUGCAAGCUGGCGCGGCUGUUGGAGCAGGUGUGGCAGCGCCCGUCAACGACAAAUGGGGACGCAAAAAGUCAAUGAUGGUCGGUGCAGCCUUUGGCAUUGUUGGUGCAGCUCUCCAGGCCGGCGCUGUUUCGACCCCAAUGCUCAUCGUCGGUCGCCUGAUCAUUGGCUUUGCUAUCGGUGUUUUGACCAUGGUAGUGCCUGUCUACCAGGCUGAGAUCGCACCGCCCCAUGAGAGAGCCUUUCUCAUGAGUGUCGAAUCCAUCAUGACCGCCCUUGGGUACGUCGUGGCAAAUUGGGUCGGAUAUGGUGCAUCUUUCUCCAAGACGUCAUUCCAAUGGCGUUUUCCUCUCUCUGUCCAAGUCCUCUUCGCUUCGCUGGUGUUCUGCGCCGCACCGUUCCUACCAGAGUCGCCACGAUGGUUGAUCGAGCAAGGCCAGGAAGACCUCGCCUUCGAGUUGGUCAGAAAGCUCCACUUCACUGGGCAAAAUUCCGUCUUCAUCCAACGUGAGUUCCAGGAGAUGCGAGACCAGAUUCUGGCCGAGAAGGAACAGACGGUUCGAUCUUACAAGGAUGUCUUCACCAAGCCGUCUUGGAGGCGACGUGUAUUGCUCGCCUGUGGUGUUUGGAUCGGGGUCUCGCUCUCGGGUAUUACUGUUGUGAACUUUUACCUGAACACUUUCAUCAAGAAUCUCGGCUUUUCAACAGACAGGCCCCUCCUUCUCACCGGAAUUUAUGGCUUCGCUGGUCCUAUUUCAUGCUUUGUUGCCAUGAUCUACCUCGAUCGUCUCCCACGAAUCAAGAUGCUCUGGGGUGGAAAUGUCGGACUUGCGAUCAUAUUGAGCGUCCUCACUGGCCUGACCAGCCUGAAUCAGAAGACCGGAAAUGCUGCAGCAGGAGCAGCUGGCAUCGCAAUGCUCUUCAUAUACUCGAUUGUAUAUUCUGCCACAUAUGGUCCGAUUUCUUGGAUUUACCCAGUCGAGAUCUUCCCCAUGCAGAUUCGGUCGAUUGGGUUCUCCAUCUCUUCGGUCGUCAAUUACGCCGUUAUGGUCAUGUUCUCCCAAGUCUCUCCCAUCGGUUUUGCCAACAUCGGCUAUAAGUACUACAUCUUCUUCAUCUGCAGCAACGUAUUCUCGGCCGUGGUAGUCUUCAUCUUCUACCCGGAGACCAAGGGCAAAUCUCUUGAGCAGAUGGAUGAGCUGUUUGGUGAUCAGCUCGUACCCCACGCAUUGGAUGAUCCCAAGGCCGCCGAGCUGAUGCACAUCGAGAGCCACAAAGGAGAGCACGCGGAGGUGACAAUUUCUGAGAACACGACUCCUGGUAAAUAA